AUGUCUUCGAGACGGGGCCCGUUAACGAACAAUCCUAAUGUGGCUAAUUCACCACUCCGUGGAGCCUCUGCUCUCGCUGGAUAUGCUAAGCAGAAGCGUUCUUAUGCUACCGUGCAGCGUGAAGAAACCUACGGCCAGCCGCCGCCUCUAAAGAAACAGGUUCUCGAUAAUGGCGUGCAGCGUGCGGUUCGAUCACCAACCAGGUCAACCCGGACCCAGGUUCUUGUCCAACGCGGCUCUACGCGUCCUUCGACCAAGGAACGAUCCUCAAGGACUGCCCCGACAAACGUAGCCCGUGAUAUUGAUAAUGAGAAGGAAGCAUGGAAGAGACAUCAUCGUGCCAAGUUCCCAAAGAUGGUCUUUUACUUUGAGAGUAUACCCGAUGACGUUCGAGCGAGGCUAACAAAAAGAGUCAACUACCUCGGUGCUCGGCAAGAACCUUUCUUUUCAAUCUCAGUCACCCAUGUCGUCACUACUCGAUCAAUUCCACCAGAGAAGCCAGAGGGACAUCAAGAGCAGGAACAGGUCCAUCAUGAUGAGCAUCACGAAUCCGAAGAGCAACCCCAAACCAUCAACCCGUCGUUAUUGAACCGCAACACCGAAGCACGAAGGAAACUUCUGUCCGAGUUCCGCAACGCUCCCGCGAGGACGCAACAAUUGGACGACCCCACGAAGCGAACCAGAGGAACUAAGAACAACGAUGUCUUGCACAAGGCUCGUGAGAUGGGCAAGAAGAUAUGGUCUUUGGAAAAGUUCCAGAACAUGCUAUCCGUUCUGCUCGAAGCCGAGACCAGCGUUAGCUCUUAUAACUCGAGAUCUGCAAGCACUCGAAGUCAUUAUGGCAAUCCUAGAGAGCCAAGUCUGCUCCAGCUAUUGCAUAAUGAACGCGUGAAUGGUCCUUCAGAUCGCGACCCGACUGCUGCUCAUCGCGAGUUGACUUACUUCAAGGGUCCUCAUAUCUAUGUGUGGGAUAUGGACGAGAAGAACAAGCCUAUUAUGGUCCGUGAAUAUCCCAAGGUUGCGAACAAGUCAGAUGGAGAGUGGCCUCAGUUCCGAAGUGUUGGAAACGGUAGAUGUCCCUUUGUGGAAGACAAUGAUGUUCCUGAUAGGGAUCACAGACGGCAAAGAGAACAACGGGAACAAGAAAAGGCUCGACAGGCCAAGCGAGAGGAAGCCGCACAGGCUCUUAAGCCCCCUCAGGUUCCAAUGCCUAAGCCGGUUACAGGAAAGCGAACUAUCGCAGAGAUGGAAGAUGGCCAGAACAGAGUGCGCGGUGCCACACCGACUGAUGUCUUCAACCCUGCCAAGGCAGCUCUCUCAAAGCAAGCGGAUUUACGACAACAGCAGAAUGCUUUUACAAGCCGUGCUGCUACUGGCCGUCUGUUUGCUGGCGAGCCCGUGGCAUCCGGUGUUCAGCCUUCAAAUAUCACUUCUGCCAUUCGAUCGCAGAUGGUCUCAUCGACAUCUGGUGUCAAUGGAGCCAAGGCUGGAACUAGCAAAGAGGUUCACGGCCUUCAAAGGAAGGUGCUACAGAAGGCUGCUCCUGCUUCAUUCGAUGUGAGCUCGCGUCGCCUGGCUGAGGUGUCAAUGGACGUUGCAUCUAGUCGAUCAACAACUAUGGGUCGACACACUUCGCGUCCCGCUGAGGUGCAAGAGGAGGAAGUUCAAAAGGCCGAGAGGAGAACACAGUCCCAACCGCUUAAGAGCAAGAAGGACCUCAAGCCUGGUUAUUGCGAGAACUGCCAAGAUAAGUUCCGCGAUUUCGACGAGCACAUUCUAUCACGCAAGCACCGCAAGUUUGCUGAGAACGACGACAACUGGACUGAGCUUGAUGCUCUCCUAUCACAAAUCAAGAGGAUGCCAAAGUACGCACCUGGAUCUGACGAGGAGGAAGGAUGGUGA